UUGCUACGUGACCCAGCAGGUUCUGCUCUGUGAGAAAUUUUCAGUUCCUGCUUUCAGUUUGUGGAUUCAGGCAGGAACAGCCUGUUAAAGUCGUGUUUUAAGAGCAGUAUAAACACUUUUUCCGUCCUGAAGUGUUAAUGGUACAUUUAUCUGGUCCGGAAACCCAGUUGGACCCGUGUUUGAGUUGUUUGAGUACAUUUAUAUAAAGGCUGAUCUCGCUGGAUGACUCUGGCUGGGAGGAGCAGUACAGAGCUGUUAAGGGUGAACAGUUUGAGUUAGGUGUAACAGUGAACAGCAGUGUAGAGGACAGUGAAUCAGUGGUAUAGGAUGGAGGAAGCGUACACGGCCCUUUAUCAGCAGUUUCUCCGCCUUCAGUCUCUCUGCCUGAAACAAGCCGCCAUGCUUCAACACCUGACGGAGGCGUUGAGACGACAGCAAGGUAAUCUGGAACCCCCCGGCACCAAAGAAUUCUUCCUACCCCAUCAAGGGUAUAAAAGCUGCGUGACCCGCGUGCUGCCACACCCUAAGGAAACCAGUCUACCUCCUCUUUCUUAUGGGGAUUUUGAAGAUUUGGUAUCUAUCCCGAUCCAGUGCACAGAGGAAGAGGCGACCUUCACCUAUCCUGGUGUUCCUGCACAAGCAGCUCAGAUGCCAGCCCUCGCACCACACCCAGGUGAUGCUAACCUCGCUCCCCUGACUGGGGCACUGCACCGACUACAGCUUGACCCCAUGUGGGCGGAGCCAAAGCUGAACAACUGUGAUCAAACAAUGCCAGCGGCUUCUCCGGCACCUCAAGCCAGCAUAUUGAAACAUUUACAGCAGGUUGAGCAGCGCUGGCACAGCCUCCAAACAUCUAAACCCACGCGGAGGCCGUGGUCCUCCUCCUUCAUGAACAGUGAGAUGCUGAGCCAGGCCGGGGGGCUGCUGAUGUCGGGGGUCAUGGUGUCGUCCCAGGUGUGUGAAUUCUGCCAUGCUGUGUUUCCCGGACACACCACCACCAACGGGGAGUUUCUGCGCCAUCUUAUGUCACACACCUGAGACACCACACCUGAGACAUCCCUAUAGAGACAUAACACUGGAGACAAACACCUGAAACAUCACCCCAGAGAUAUCACAUAUGGAAAAAUCACCAGAGACAUCAUACGGGAGACAUCUGUUACCUGUUCUUAAAUACAGAAUGAGACACAUUCAUCUGGAAAAUGAAUUAUUUGCAGCAGUGUAAACAACUGUAUAAUUAAUCAUAUCAUAUCAAGUAAAAUACUGCAUAUUUUGAUAAAAUAUAUAAUUGUUAUAUAUAUAUAUAUAUAUAUAUAUAUAAAGGGCUAUGGUAAUGGCCCUGGGAAUAUAUUUGGUACUGUGCAGAACAGUUUUUUAAAAUGAUAUACUUUGCAUGUACAGUGGCUUGCAAAAGUAUUCAUACCACUUAUAUUUUUUUCACAUUUUGUCACCGUACAACCACAAACUUAAAGUAUUUUAUUGAGAUUUAAAGUAAUAAACCAACACAAAAAAGCACAUAACUGUAAAGUGAAAUGAAAAUGAUACAUUGUUUUCAACUGACAAUUUUUAUAAAAUAUAAAAUUAUAAAAAGGUGUGAUUAGCAGAGUAGAAAAUUUGGUAAUCGUACACCACACGUGAUUGGUCUGUGCGUUUACUGCGCCUUAAAACACACACUGCAGCGAUGCGAGCGGAAAAAAAGUUGAGGUAUUUUCAACUUUAUGCAAAUGAGAAGCGAGUUUCGCUGAACGGUAGCCAAUCAGCGCCAUGCACCACAGGCUGAACAGGCUGAGUACAGCCUUUCCAGGCUUUUUUGUGCUUUAAAAAACCCCUUUGUAAGAGAACAGAGACGGAGGAGCAGCUGGUCCUGAACUGGAUGUUUUAGCAGGGUUCACCGGCUGAUAAAAAAAGAACAGAAUCUCGUUCAUACACAGCACUGAACUACAACUCUACACAUUCUUGCUGGUGGCAGAUAAACUGCUUGCUCUUUCAGGAGACACGCCCCAAAGCGGCGAGAGAAAGGCAGAGAAAGCGAUUGGGAGCGAUGCUGCGUCGCUGCAGUGUGAACAAGAAAAGUUACGCUGCUUUAAAUGAACACUGUCAGAAUUAAAUCCUUCUCUGUAGUUUAUCGGUUUGGUUCCGCAUUGGACAAGGUCUGGGUCCGGACCCGGACCGCAGCCCGCCUAUUAGUGACCCCUGCUCUAAAUAAAAUCCAGUGCAAUCAACUGUAACUAAAUUGAUUGCACUGGAUAAUAAUUGUCAUCAAAAGUCACUGAAUAAGUUAAGAGUGCAGCUGUGUGUUAUUUUGUCUCAGAAUAAAUCCACCUGUUCUGUAUCGACCUCAGUGAUUUGCUAGAGAACACUAGUGAACAAACAGCAUCAUGAAGACCACUGAACUCAACAGACAGGUCAGAGAUUAAAAACAUUUUUUUUUAAAAGGUUUAGGUUAUAAACCCAUAUUCCCAAGCUUUAAGCAUCCCAAGGAGCACUGUACAAUCCAUCAUCCAAAAAUAGAAAAAGUAUUCUACAACUGCAAACCUACCAAGACAUGGCCAUAAUCCACCCAAACUGACAGAUGGAGCAAGGAGAGCACUGAUCAGACAAGCAGCCAAAAAGCUCAUGGUCACUCUGGAGAAGCUGCAGAAAUCCAAAGCUCAGGUGGGAGAAUCUGACUACAGAACAACUAUGCACUCUAGUGCACUCCACAAAUCUUGCCUUUAUGGAAGAGUGGCAAGAAGAAAGCCACUGUUGUAAGAAAGACAUAAGGAGUGCUGUUUGCACAGCAAACAUGUGGAAGAAGGUGCUGUGGUCAAAUGAGACCAAAGUUGGAACCUUGAAGUCAAAAUACAAAGCGCUUUGUGUGGCUAAAAAGUUACACUGCUCAUCACCCUGAACACACCAUCGUCACUGUGAAACAUGGUGGUGGCAGCAUCGUGCUAUGGGAAUGCUUUGCUUCAGCAGGGACAGGGAAGAUGGUCAGAGAUGAUGAAAAGAUAGAUGGGGCUAAAUACAGGACAAUCCUGGAAGAAAAACUGUUGGAAGCUUCAAAAGACUUGAGACUGGGAAGGAGAUUCAAGACAAUGACCCUAAACAUACAUUCAGAGCUACAGUAGACUGGUUUAGAUCUGAGAAUAUUCACGUGUUAGAACUAUCCAGACAAAGUCCUAAUAGACCUAAAUUUCACUGAGCUUCUGUGGAGAGACAUGAAAACUGCUGUUCACAGACGCUCUCCAUCCAACUAGACCGAGCUUCAGUUGUUUCGUAAAGAAGAAUGAGCAGCAAUCUUAGUCUCCAGAUGUGCAAAGCUGGUAGAGAUAUACCCCAAAACACUUGUAGUUGUAAUUGCAGUGAAAGGUGGCUCUACCAAAUAUUGAUAUAGGGGGGCUGAAUACUUUUUGGAUUGUUAUUUGAUUAAAUUUUUUAAAUCUAGAUCUUUUUUGUUCCACUUCACAAUUAUGUGCUACUUUGUGUUGGUUUAUCACUUAAAAUCCCAAUAAAAUAUAUUUAAGUUUGUGAUUGUAAGGUGACAAAAUGUGAAAAAUUUCAAGGGGUAUGAAUACUUUUGCAAGCCACUGUAUGUAAGGAACCGUUUAACCAGGGAAAGACCCAGUCAUUCAUCCAAAUGGAUGUUUAAGGUCAAUAUUUACUAAGAAACUACUGAAGAACCGCUUUUUAAAAUAAAAUUUGGACGUUUCUACAGAAGAUCGGUUAUAAUAAAACGGUUUUCCACUAGGUGGCAUAAAUGCACUACAAAGUCUCAUGCUUAAGCAGUCCAGGCAUAGUGGAACCAAGGGCGUGAUCAAAUUAUUUUUGUACGUUUGCUUUCUCAGUGUUUGAACUCUUUAAACAAGAAUUUACAGUAAAUCUCAUAUUACAUUGA